CCCUCGCGAGAGAUGUUUUCGGCGGCGGCGCUGCCGCUGGACGACGAUAACCUGCUCUCCGAGAUCCUCUUCCGCCGCUCCCCUCCUCCCUCCCUCGUGCCUCCGCAGUCUGCAAGUGUUGGCGCUGCCUCGCCUCCGAUCCAGCCUUCUCCUGCCGCUUCCGCCUCCACCACCGCCGCAACCUCCCCUCCUUGGCUGCUUCCACGAAAAUUAUCGCGACAUCUGCUUUGAACCUACUCUGGAGGCCCCCAACCAUGUUCCGCCCGGGCACCUCUGCUUGCAGUUUAACUCCCACUUCCGAUUACUCGGGUGCCGCCAUGGCCUCGUAUUAAUCUUGCACCCGCCCCAGCUCCUGGUGUGGGACCCCCUCACCGGCCACUAGCCUCGCCUACCCAUUCCCACGGAGUUCGAUCCAACCAAGACCUUGAUUAACGGGGCGGUGCUCUGCUCUGCUGCGGGAGACAUCCACUUCAAGGUUGUCUUGACAGGGGCCGACGACUACGAGGUGCUCGCCUGCGUUUACUCGUCCGAGACUGGGGUGUGGGGCGAUCUCAUCUCCACAUCAAUUGCAUCACGGAACUUCAUGGUUGUUGACCAUCGUCGCACGGUUGCUACGCAGCCUGCUGUACUGGUUGGAGAUUCCCAUUACUGGAUGCUUAAAGGUGGUUUGGAAUGUAUCCUUGGCUUUGAUUUGCAGAGUGAGAGCCUAACCUUUAUACGGAUGCCAGUGGAUAGGAUUCAUUCCCCCUACUUCAUACAGAUGCGGGCAGAUGAUGGUGAGCUUGGUUUACUCGCCGUGACAGGCACCAGCGCCCAAUUAUGGAAGAGGAAGGCCAACUGUGAUGGUGCUGCACCAUGGGGGUUGGGAGGAACUAUUGAACUGAACAAGCUACUUUCUCUGGACUCAGAACAGUUCACAUGGAUACAAGGGGACAAGAAUUUGGCGUUCCUGUGUAUCGGUGUCAGUAACUUCACGGUCCAGCUCGAGUCUUUGCAGUUCAAGGAGCUUUCCAACCCCAUAGUGGAUCGCUAUUAUCCAUUUGAAAGUGUCUAUGCUGCAGGUAUCUAGAGUUGUAUUCUGGUUGCUGAGAUGCAGGAGUGGGCUUGUUGCUGAAGGUUCUUCCAUUUUGGUAACUUCACAUGGAGAUUGACCAUCUACAUAGCGUGUACUUAUCUACUUGGAAGUCAACUUGUAGGAGUUAAUUUGCCAACUUCUCUCUAUUAACUUAUCUCUGGACACAAUUAGCUAACUGGGAUGAUGAAGAUAUAUUACUACCUUUUUGGUUAAGCAGUACUUACCUUGUGGCUCGUUUACCAUAUGGUUUCCAAGCAAGCACGUUAAAGCAAGCUUGCCUUCCUGA